CCGCCGCGGGCGGGCGAGUGCGGGUCUGCAUCCGGGUCGCCGCCGUGCCCAUUGUCUGGGGAAGGGGCCAGGGGCUCGGCGGCUCCGCGGCGCUGCACCCGAGGGCCCCUGCCCGCCCGCCCGUCCCUCACUUGCGCAGGCUUUAUGGACCGCAGUUCGAAGAGGAGACAAGUGAAGCCUUUGGCAGCUUCGCUGCUGGAAGCUUUAGAUUAUGAUAGCUCUGAUGACAGUGAUUUUAAAGUUGGAGAUGCUUCAGAUUCUGAAGGAAGUGGUCAUGGGAGUGAAGAUGCAUCAAAGGACAGUGGUGAAGGUUCCUGUACUGAAUCAGAAGAAAAUAUCUUGGAGGAGGAACCGGCAGAAGAGAAAGUUGAAGAACAGCAGCCAAAAAGCUCCACUGAGGAAGAGGUGGCAACAGCAGACAAAGAGGUAAUUAAAACUGAAAAGAAAGAGCAAGAAGAUGAAGAAGAAAAGCCAAAAAAGAAGAAAGAGAAGGAGAAAGCAGCUGAACCUGAUGCUGUGGCUGAUGAGCAAACAAAUGAACCAAAAAAAUGGAAUUUACGCAGGAAUCGACCUUUGUUGGAUUUUGUAUCAAUGGAAGAACUAAACGAUAUGGAUGACUAUGAUAGUGAAGAUGACAAUGACUGGCGGCCUACUGCUGAGAAAAAAAAAGGGAAGAACGCACUGCGAAAAGAAGGGAGUGAUGGAGAUAAUGAAGAUGAUGAAGAUGAUGGGAGUGGAAGUGAUGAGGAUGACAAUGAUGAGGAAGGUAAUGAAGAAGAUAAUAGCAGCACGGCUAGUGAUGGAGGAUCCAAGAAGAAGAAGAGUAAAGUUCUUAACAGGAAUAAUGCAGAUGAUGAGGAGUUGACAAAUGAUAGCCUGGCUCUUUCACAAAGCAAGAGCAAUGAGGACUCAUUGAUCCUUGAGAAGUCUCAAAAUUGGAGUUCCCAGAAAAUGGACCACAUUUUGAUUUGUUGUGUUUGUCUUGGAGACAACAGUGAAGAUGCUGAUGAAAUAAUCCAGUGUGACAACUGUGGAAUAACAGUGCAUGAAGGUUGCUAUGGUGUUGAUGGAGAGAGUGACUCUAUAAUGAGCUCAGCUUCAGAAAAUUCCACAGAGCCUUGGUUUUGUGAUGCGUGUAAAUGUGGUGUCACACCUAGUUGCGAACUGUGUCCUAACCAGGAUGGGAUCUUCAAGGAGACUGAUGCAGGCAGGUGGGUCCAUAUUGUUUGUGCCCUCUAUGUUCCAGGAGUGGCAUUUGGAGAUAUUGACAAAUUACGACCAGUAACACUUACAGAAAUGAAUUAUUCAAAGUAUGGUGCCAAGGAAUGCAGUUUUUGCGAAGAUCCUCGUUUUGCCAGAACGGGUGUAUGUAUUAGUUGUGAUGCUGGGAUGUGCAGAGCUUAUUUCCAUGUGACCUGCGCUCAGAAGGAAGGUCUCCUCUCAGAAGCAGCAGCAGAAGAGGAUAUAGCUGACCCUUUUUUUGCUUAUUGUAAACAGCAUGCGGACAGGUUAGACAGAAAAUGGAAAAGGAAAAACUACUUGGCAUUACAAUCUUACUGUAAAAUGUCCUUGCAGGAAAGAGAAAAACAGCUCUCACCAGAAGCUCAGGCUCGAAUCAAUGCCAGGCUGCAACAGUAUCGUGCCAAGGCGGAGCUGGCCCGCACUACCAGGCCUCAGGCCUGGGUUCCCAGGGAGAAGCUGCCACGGCCACUUACUAGCAGUGCUUCAGCCAUACGGAAACUGAUGCGCAAGGCUGAGUUAAUGGGAAUUAGUACAGACAUUUUUCCAGUGGAUACUUCAGAUACUAGUUCCAGUGUUGAUGGAAGAAGAAAACAUAAACAGCCAGCUCUCACUGCUGAUUUUGUAAAUUAUUACCUUGAGAGAAAUAUGCGCAUGAUUCAAAUCCAGGAGAACAUGGCUGAACAGAAGAAUAUCAAGGAUAAAUUAGAAAAUGAGCAAGAAAAGCUUCAUGUGGAGUAUAAUAAGCUAUGUGAGUCCUUGGAAGAGCUACAAAAUAUGAAUGGAAAACUGCGUAAUGAAGGGCAAGGCAUUUGGGCUCUGUUGGGGAGAAUCAUUGGACAGAAAUUGAACAUACCAGCAAUUUUACGGGCUCCUAAGGAAAGGAAACCAAGUAAAAAGGAAGGGGGAACGCAAAAGGCAUCUACACUUCCGGCCGUACUUUAUAGUUGUGGAAUUUGCAAGAAGAACCAUGAUCAACACCUCCUGCUACUGUGUGAUACUUGUAAACUCCAUUAUCAUCUUGGUUGCCUGGAUCCACCUCUUACAAGGAUGCCAAGGAAGACCAAGAACAGUUACUGGCAGUGCUCAGAGUGUGACCAGGCAGGUAGCAGUGACAUGGAGGCUGAUAUCGCCAUGGAAACCUUGCCAGAUGGGACUAAACGAUCAAGGAGACAGAUUAAGGAACCAGUGAAAUUUGUUCCUCAGGAUAUGCCACCGGAACCGAAGAAAAUUCCAAUCAGAAACACGAGAACUAGAGGACGAAAACGAAGCUUUGUGCCUGAAGAAGAAAAACCUGAGGAACGGAUUCCCAGAGAAAGAAGACAGCGACAGUCUGUUCUACAAAAGAAGCCCAAGUCAGAGGAUUUAAGGACUGAAUGUGCUACCUGCAAAGGGACUGGAGACAAUGAAAAUCUAGUCAGGUGUGAUGAAUGCAGGCUUUGCUACCAUUUUGGCUGUCUAGACCCUCCCUUGAAAAAGUCUCCUAAACAGACUGGCUAUGGAUGGAUUUGUCAGGAAUGUGACUCUACUUCCUCCAAAGAGAUAUGAAGACAGACAUCGGAAAUUAGCUGUCCACUACAGUUUGGACAUCAAGCAAUCAUUCCUGAAUACCGCUUACUUGCAAUGGACAUUCCAAGAGUGAAUUAAAAUGGUUAUUGAAUUUCUGUCACCUACUUAAACUAAAAGGGGUUCUUGAUAAUAGUAAAUAUCUUCCGUCUUUUGUUCUCCUAGCUUCUUAUGAGUAAAAAAAAGCUCAAGGUUUGUAAUUUCUAAAUGUGUUUUCCAUGAGAUUAGCAAACUAUGUACCAGGUGAAAUUUAAAAAAUGCUUUAUCAUGUAAAUGAAGUAUGAUUUACUUCACUUAGCGCAAGACGUUUGUUAGUUUUAAGGUGUGUGUUGAAAAAUACAAUGUUAUGAAGAGUAAACAAAGUUUAUCAUUAGAAUGAUGAAAUAUAUUGUGUUAUCUUAGUGAUUACUACAAAUUAAAAAAAAUAUUGUUACUGUGUCUAAUUUUCUUUUUCAUUCAUAGAGAUUUUUAAGGAGUAGAUUUAAAUAAAGUCUUUGUACUUUAAAGCACAGGCAAUUUGAAUUGUAUAUGAGUGAAAAUGUAAAGAAUAUGAAAGAUACUGAAAAAUGGCCUUAUGGGGACUCCUUGUGGUUUUGGUUUGUCACUUUCCCAAAGCUUUUCCACAGAGCUGUGCAGAGAAACUUCUCUGAAAAAUCUGUAUUUCACUCUAUGCCUAAGUGUUUUUUUAUGUAGCUUCUUUUUGUUCUAUACUAUCCAAACAACAUGGUGUUGAGUUAAACUCCUUACAGACCUUCCUUAAUACAAACAUAUUAAUUAAAAGAUUAGUUUUUUUAAUGUAGUUAACAAUUUUCAAAUUCAAUAUUCUGAAUGGAUUUAGAAUUGUGUAUUAUCUACACAUCAUUUUGCACAGCUUUUCACAACCAGGAGGAGCUGAUAUGAUGGUCUUUUUUCUACCCCUCACUAGAGGGGAUGAUCUCUCAAAUGUGUACUUAGAGCUCAGAAGAGGAAAACUGUAGAGAAAGUUGCGUUAUUUGCUGCACUCUGCUUCACCUGUGGGUGAAUUGCAAGCCUGAGCUACCAGCAAUUUCAAUCUCUCAAUCACUUACUAAAUCUGAUUCUUCGUGUGUGACAGGGAAGUUUUGUGUAUGGGUUAUAGCAGCAAAAAGGGGACUGAAUUUCCAGCUUUGGCUACAGAGACUAUUGUUUAGCUUUUGUUCCCUCAACUUGAUUCAUCUGUUUUGACCCAAUUUAAAUCACUGCUAUAGUAUUAAUUUUAAAAAUUCCUCAGCAAUAUCUUCUGUAGCAGAAUUGGGCCUUGAAAACAACCAGUAGGUAAAUUACAUUGUUUCAGUAACAAGACAGAUCAUAGUGUGUAGCAUAUAAUAGUUCAGUUUUAAUUUUAAUUAUGAAUUUCAGCUUUAGAUGUUCAGGAAGAGUUGCAUGCUGCUGACAACGAAGAAUGUGAUUUUAUUUUCAGAUUUUGCUAAAUACUUCUGGGUGUCAGCAGUACAAGGGAUGUAAUUUAGCUGUAAUACACACUUGCUUAAAAUUGUUCUCUAUCACAAGUGUGGGACGUGCUGCUUCCAUUUUGCUCAUAUAGUCACAGGACUCUCUUCCAGUUGUGUCAGUUUUCCACCAGUGUAACAUAUUCCCAUAUUACCCUGCCUGUCAGAUAAUAGACAGACAGUGACUUUGCUGUAGGGCAUGAGGGCAACAGCUUCUCUGCUGGUAAUACUCGCUGUCACUUUUAUGGAAUGGGUGAUGCUCACUACUAAGGUCUGACAAGCUUUCUCAUCUCAAAAACAUUGUAGAUUUUGUUACAUCGCAUGAAAGCUGGGGUAAACCUGUAAGCUCUCCAUUCCUAUAACAUUACCCAUCUACCCUGCCAAAGGAUUACCUGGCGUUUUCAGGACGGCCAGACAGCACUAAAUCAUAAAUUUGCAAAUUGUUUCAAAUAGUGAUAUUCAGAAUGGAUUUAAUAAAAAUGAAAUAAAUAAAGUAGAAGCCAAAUCAUUCAAUAGCAUUAUGUGAAAAUAUUCAGUAGAAAUAAGUGUAGCCUCACCAUUUGUUCAUUAUGUGCCAUAAGUGUCUCAUUAUAAGGUCACCAUAUGAUUACAUGCGGACUCCUUUAUGUUGCCUUUCAUUUAAAAAGUACUGUUUAAAAGUAUCUCCUCUGGUUAAAAAAAAAUUGCAAAAGGCCCAAGCAGCAAAGAAUUUAAACAUAUAUCAUGGUGGUUACAAUGACUGCUAGUUAGGUUGCUAUCUACUCAUCUUUGUUCACAAUCUAUUUUGCAACAUGCUGCAGAGUGUGUAUGUCAGGUCAUUAUUUGACUGCUGCAAGAUCAGCUGCCUUGCCUCUAGACUUCUGUUUAGUUUGCUUUUAUUUCAUCUUUUUACUAUAUUGCAUUUUUUCGGUGGAAAUAAAUUGUCAGGAUGUACACAUAGAAUUCUCAUCUAAGCCCCUCAGGAAAUAUUUUCUGGAACUGAAAAUACAUGACACACCAACCCUGGCAAACAGUAUUUUUUAUACACCUUCUGUGUUGGAAAUCAAUCAUGGAUUAUUUUACUUCAUGAAUAAGCAAUUUAUUUUGGUAUAUCUCGCUUUCACAUAGUGAGUAAGCAAAUUAAUUGGACACUGUAAUAUUAAAGUAUUGAAUAUAAUGUUGGAAAUAGUAUUUUUUAAUUUAAAAUAGUUUUUAAAUGUACAUUUAAUUUAAAAUAUCUUAAUCUGCUCAGAUAAAAAUAAAAAAUUGAGCAAUUCAAUUUAAAUCCUGUAGCCUGUGGAAUUUUAUUCUAGUAAAAAAUAAAGUUGAUGCUUAAGAAUGCCGAUAUUGAAGUUUCUUUUCUACUCACAAAUAAUGCAGGUGAUAAUCUCAUUAUGAUUUAUUGAAUUUAAUUAAUUUUGUUAUUCCUUUUUCUCAAACUCGGACAGCAUUUUUUUACAUGGGUGAUUUCAUGCAGCUGUGUUAAAAAAUAAACAGAGAAUCAAAAAUACCUUUAUGUAAGCUCUAAAAAUUUUGGAAAUAUCCAAGUUAAGGUGGCAUGUGGUGCUUUCAGUCCUUUUUUUGUGACUGUAUGUGGGUUUACAGCCUUUAAUCACUUCACGCAGUUUUUGUUUUUUUUUCUGUAGGACCCCUGCCUUCUCUGACUUUAGCUGUCCAGGCUCACUGAAAUAGAUAAAUUUGAGUUGAGUAUUAAAAGAAUAUAGUAAAUUCAGAUUUUGCAGUACAUGAAAACUGAAGCGAUGAUUUCAGAAACAGAAAAAAAAAAGGAAGCUUGACCUUACAUGUGAAUUAGUUGAGCUGUGACCAGAAAAUCAAAUUUUACUUCUGUCUCACCCCAGAGCUCCUAUGAGUGCUAGACAAAUGAACAUUUUCAAAAGUUUAGUCAUUUUUUGUCCUUGGUUGCUGUAGCCCAGCUUGGAUUCCUUGUCCCAACAUACAAAAAAGCUGAUUUCUGAGAGUUGCAGUGGGUGACAAUGUAAGCUAUGUUUUGAAAGUACCAAGUAUCCAUAAUGGUGUGGAUAGACUAUUGCAACUUGAGUAACUAAUUAAAUAGAAAUUUGUAUUCUCACUCUCUAUCUUGGCUUCUGUUUUGCAAAAUGACGAUAUUACUCCCUUAUUUUAGACAUUUUCCUUAGCUUUGUUUGAAUUGCUCUCUGGAGCUGCCUUUCCAUGUCAACUGACUAUAGGAAGGAGCCAAGACAAUUACUUCAGAUCAGCAUGGGUUUUAGUUUAGGAGGGUUUCUCCUUUCUUGAGUAUCCACAGAAAACAAUUGAAUCAGCGUUGCAUGGACAGACAAUCUAGGCAUUAACUAAACAUUCAGAACAACACAUUUGCAAUAUAACCAGUAUCGUUAACAUGUUAUAUAGGCAAGAAAACCAUAUUGGAAUAUAUGAGGUUGGCACAUUGGUAGUACAUAUGCAUGCGUCAUCAUGUCCUAAAUAUUUUUUGUAGUGCUUUUGUACGUAUCGCUUAAUACAAUGUGAUUUUAACUAGUUCCAUUUAAAAUACGUAUUUUAAAAAAUAAACAAAAAAUCUUAUUAA